ACCAGAGAAUAAAGAAAACAAUCAAGGAUUGUUUUUCUUCAUUCUCCAAGGCGGGUCUCGGAAAGUAGUAUACAUUAAUUCCCACAAAGUAAAUAGUAAAUAGUCAUCAUGGAUAUGAAGAAGAUCUCCUGCGCUGUUCUCAUCGCCGCCGCUGCCUCCAUGAGUGCAGCAUUGGCUUACACCGAGGUCUCGCCAGCUCCAGCCCCCGGCCCAUCCAGCGGGGCCGCCGCCACCUUGCCUCUUGUUGGGUCUUUGGUCGGUGCCUCUGUUUUGUCUUUCUUCACCUAUUACUUGCACUAAUCAAGCUCAUGAUCAUCACAAAAGGAUAUGAGAAAGAAUAUAUAUAUAUAUAGCAUGGUUCAAGACAGCGGGAAGACAAGAACAGUACGAUGACUAGUUUUUCUUAGGGGGGUUGUUGGAUAUCUUCUUCUCUCUUUUCUUUUUUUUCUUUUCGAAUUUUCCCUAAUUUGUUUUACUUAAUUCUUCAUGUACGUUUGCCUGCAUUUCUGCGGCAGAUUGUCAUCAUAAAAGA